AUGCGCACCCUCGCCCUACUGGGCGCGCUGGUCGCCCUCUCCUUCGCCUUGUUGCUCGCUGUCCCCCUCGACCAUGAGCUGUCGUACGGUUUCCUACGAAACACUACUGCCACGGCUGGCUCCAUUCCUAUUACCCCCGCGGACGGCCUGCCGUACACCCGGCGCAACAUCCGCUUCGACAGCCACGGCACAUCCUGCGACGCCUGGCUCUACACGCCGCUGCUGCCGCGAGCCCCCGGCGCCGGGGCCAGUGCUAGCAUUAGCUCACGAUUCCCCGUCGUCAUUAUGGCGCAUGGUCUCGGAGCUCAGAAGGAUCUAGGGCUCCACCGCUACGCGGAUGCCUUUGCGCGGGCAGGGAUGGCGGUGCUGGUGUUCGACUACCGUACAUUUGGCGGCAGUGACGGGGAGCCCCGGCACUGGGCCUCUCCCAGCCGGCACUUGGCGGACUGGAGGGCGGCACUGGGCUUUGUCAAGUCGGGCAACCUGGGUCCCGAGUACGACAUCGAGAAGGUGGCGCUCUGGGGCACCUCCUACGCCGGCGGCCAUGUGCUGGUGGUGGCGGGCGAGCAACCCCCGGGCAGUUUGGCGGCCAUCGUCUCCAUGGUACCGCACCUGGACGGCGUGAAGGCCAGUCGAGCCAGCGUGCGCCGCCGGGGACUGCCCGCCUCCCUGCGCCUCCUCGCGGCCGGGCUGCACGACCGCCACCGCGCCGCCACCUCCGACCUCCUCCACGCCAUUGCCACAUGGCUGCACCCCAAACCCCAAUCCCACCCGCAUCCGCUGUACCCUCAUUCGGGUGGGGGGGGGCGGGCCGAGGCCGCGCUAACCAGCCCGGUGACUGCUACGUCGACCCAGCCGGUUAAUGACCGUGAUGCGAGUGCCGGGGCAGGAGGGGACGGUGGCUGGGUUUCUGUGUUGCAGAGGCGGCUGCGGGAGGUGCUAGCGCCAGUGCUGCCGCCGCCGCACUCCUGGCCCCGCCUCCCCCCCGCCUACGUCAAGUCCGGCGGCUGGCGGCCAGUCGUACUGGCUCGCUUUGCCCUGGAGACCUCGUCUUACAGCCCCAUAAAGUCCGUACCACGGAUUACGGCGCCCGUACUCUUCAUCUCCGCGCUCCGAGACCAGCUGUGCCCGCCGGAGCUAGUCCGCAGGGCGGCGGCGCUACUGCCGGUAGGCGCCGGCAGUAGCAACAGCAACAGCAGUGUUGGCAGAGGUAGCGGCAGUGGCAGCGGGGCUGAGCUCGUGGAGUUGGAUUGCACCCACUUUGACAUCUACCUGGGGGAGCACUUGGUGUCGGUGCUGGAGGCCACGGUGAGCUUCCUCACGCGGCAGCUGCUGCCCCAGGGCGGGCGGGCGGAGGCGGAGGCGGAGGCGGAGGUGGAGGUCCCUCGGACUAGCAGGAUACCAGCGGGUGCAAGCCAGCUGGGGGCGGGCGGAAGCUGA